GGUUUAUCAAAGCUGUGAAUACGUAUAUGGGCAGUGAUGUGGGAAGUUUUUGAGUCUAUUCCCGGGACUCCGGGAUUGGCCCAGGGAUAAUUAUAUUGGAAAGAGGGUGGAUGAUGAACAAGUCUAGUCUGUUGAUUAGAAAGCUUCCGGGUGGAAAGCCGAAGUUAGGAGUCCAGGAGGAGAAUAGAAUAGAAAGUGGACUCCCCCCGGUGGGGGCGGGUUUGCUUGAUGUCAAGGAUGAAUGCUUGCGAAUGGCUUGGAAUAUAACAAGUGAAUUCUCGGGGCCCAUUCGAGAACUCAAGCCUAGAUUUUGAUCAAUGAAGCCUGGGUAUUGCUCAGCAUCGAAUAAUUCUUCAAAGAGAGCACUCCGAUUUUUUCACCUCACAUCGUUCGUCACUUUGACUUUCCCGAAAGUUUGUGUAGCAAAAACAGUGGGGCACCCCUGAAGUCAAAGCAAGUAAUCCGACACAUCGCUCGCUUAACCUUCUUCAAAAUUUCCCCCGCAUUGUACACUUCACACCAGCAUACACUCUAAAUGACCCCUCGCUAUAUACUUGAACCAUUUUUUCAAAACUGCUUGAGAUUCUUAAAACAUACUGAAGUAAAAUCUGUGAAAAAUAUCGCAUCGUCAAACAACAAAACAAUGGCGCCCCAAAACUUACUGGAACUGUUGCGGUCGAGGACGGUGGUUGAUUGUGAUACUAUGGAAUUUGAGGUUGCAAAAUCUCUUGGUCCAUUCACAGAUUGUACUUCCAACCAAGCAAUUGCAUUCUUCGAGCUCCAGAAACCAGAGAACAAAAAACUUCUCCAAGAGACAGCGGAAACCACGAAAAAACUCUUGGGCACCCAAAAAUUUCAAGAUAUGAAGUUCCCAGAGCUAGCAGUUGAAGUUGCGAUGGUCAAAUUACAACUUGCAAUCGCGAGCGUAGUCACAGGCUUUGUCCAUGUUCAAACGAAUCCUUAUCAUUCUUAUGGCGCCGAGAAAAUGAUUCAAGAUGGGCAAAGAAUUAUCUCCAUUUUUAAGCAUCUCGAUCCAGACUUUGACACCAAACGUAUUUGUCUGAAGAUACCAAGCACAUGGGAAGGACUGCAAGCAUGCAAAUUUUUAGAAAAAGAUGGAAUUACAACUUUAGCCACCACACUUUUUAGCAUCGAGCAGGCGGCUUUGGCUGGAGAGGUACAAUGCACUUAUGUUGCGCCUUAUGUCAAUGAAUUGAAAGUUCAUUUUGACGCGGGAUUCACAGAUACCAAUAAAGCGCAUCAGCUUUGCUUCGAAAUUCAACAAUACUACAGCAAGAAUAAUUUCCGGACAAAAGUGCUGCCAGCUAGUCUGACAAAUAUCGACGAGAUCAUGACGCUAGCUGGUGUAGAUCAUAUUACGAUUGCCCCGGCGCUGUUGCGAGAUCUGGCGGCUACAGCUGUGGAGGGUUAUGCGAUAAAAUCUUUGUUCGAUGGAAAUAGACAGGGGGAGUCUCAAUCUAACGUAUUGGAGUUUGGAAAUGAGAGUUUGUGGAGGAUCAGUUUCACGAGAAGCGGAAAAGGAGAGGCGGAACGAAAAUUAAGUCAGGCCAUCAAUAUCUUUUGUGAUAUGCAAACGCAAUUGGAAGCGAUGUUUGAAAAGUUGUAAAUAUUUAGACAUAGUUUAACAAGGACGCUAGUCGAAUCAAGAAUACUGAACUGGCUGUCACUCCAGGAAAAUUUCGGCUCAGCUUAAUAUUUCUCAAAUAAUAGAUAUUUGUAUUCUGAAAACA